AUGGAGGAGAUUCCAGUAAAAGUGGCGCUGAGGAUUCGGCCUCUGCUGUCAAAAGAGAUUCUUCACAACCACCAAGUGUGCGUGAGGGUUGUUCCUAAUACACAGCAGAUCAUAAUUGGGAAAGAUCGCAACUUUACAUUUGAUUAUGUCUUUGGAAAAGCUUCAUCUCAGGACGAUGUUUACGGCGCCUGCAUCAAACCCCUCUUAGUGUCAUUGAUUGAAGGAUACAAUGCAACAGUGUUUGCUUAUGGACAGACUGGCUCUGGCAAGACAUACACAAUUGGAGGCGGCCACGUUGCUUCUGUUGCAGAUGAAGAAAAGGGUAUAAUUCCUCGUGCCAUUCAAGAGCUGUUCCAGAUCAUCUCUGAAAACCACAACACAGACUUUAAUGUUACAGUGUCUUAUAUAGAAGUUUACAAGGAAGAUCUGCGGGACCUCCUGGAACUUGAAACAAAUGUAAAAGAUAUUCACAUUAGGGAAGAUGAGAAAGGAAACACAGUGAUUGUCGGUGCCAAGGAAAGCCAAGUAGAAUGUGCAGAUGAAGUUAUAAGUCUUCUGGAAGCUGGAAGUGCAGCUCGGCACACUAGUGCCACGCAAAUGAAUGAACAUUCCAGUCGUUCCCACACAAUCUUUACUAUUACCAUAUGCCAACAAUCAGACAAAAACCACAAUGCCACUGACGAUAGUACGGCAAGGUCAGUUCAGAUGAUCACAUCGAAAUUUCAUUUUGUGGACUUGGCAGGCUCAGAAAGAGCAACAAAAACUGGGAACACUGGAGAGAGAUUUAAAGAGUCAAUCCAAAUUAACAGUGGUUUGCUUGCCUUGGGUAAUGUGAUAAGUGCACUGGCUGAUCCCAAGAGGAAAAAUGCACAUGUGCCCUACAGAGAUGCUAAGAUCACUCGCAUUCUUAAAGACUCCUUAGGUGGAAAUGCCAAAACAGUCAUGAUUACAUGCAUUAGUCCUUCUACAUCAGACUUUGAUGAGUCUUUAAAUUCUCUUAAAUAUGCCAACCGAGCUAGGAACAUAAAGAACAAGCCAAUAGUAAAUUAUAACCCAGACUGGGAUAGAAUUGAUGAAAUGGAACUGGAAAUUAAAGCACUUAGGGAAGCUUUGCAGAACCGGCAGAGCACUAGGGUAAGUCGAAUUAGCCAAGUGUCUCAAGAUUGGGGCCAAGAAAAGGACAAGGUUCGAGCUCUGGAAGAGCAGCUUGCACAAUUUCAACUGGAGUGUUAUAACCACAGACACUGUACAGAGGAAGCUUUAUCUUUAUUCUAUGAAUUUAAGGACGUGUCUGGUCUUACAAAAUCCCAAACACAUCGGCUCGAGAGCUGGUUAGUUAUGGCAGAGGAACUAAGAAGCGACACAGCGUCUGUUCCUGGAACUGAAGAUGCAGUCACCAGUGGCAGAGAGGAGCCACAUCAUAUCACCAUAUUGCAGCUCAAAAGGGAGCUCAAGAAAUGCCAGGAUGCUCUUGCAACAGACGAAGAGGUAUUUGCGAGACAGACGCUGGAGCUGAAGGAGUUGCAGGAGAAAGUUGAGGCCUUACAGAAAGAAACACAAGAUUAUGAGAAAUCUUUAGAGGAAACGGAACACAGCAAGAAUCUACAGACAGAAAAACUUGUGGAGCAACAAAUUCUGAUCGAUGAACUGAGGAAUAAAGUGGAAUUGUUGCAAAAAGUAUCUUCACAAGAUUCUGCAAGGGAGCAAGAAGUUAUAUCCAAGAGACCUUAUAGUGUACCACUCAGUCAUCAAUUUGAAAUGAUGGAAACAAGCUACAGGCAGUCUGCUCACCUGUCAGAACCAAGGAAGGUGCGUACCAGUCCUCCCUCAUACUCUUUGGAACGAGUAGCGGCUGGGUUUCGAACUCGCAGUCAGAUGCUUUCGGAUUUAAGAGAAGAGCAGGAUGAGGUUUGCCAUGAAAAUUUCCCAGACCAUAGCGCCAAGGGAGAAGCAAAAGCAGAAAGAAAUGCAACGAAAUCUCCAUUUAGACGGUCCAUCAAUCGCACAUGGACGCAAAGAUAUGCUCCUGAGAUUGGAGAGCUGAAUAAUGGUGCUGUACAGACCUCUUCCAACAAUGAAGAAUUGGAAACUAUUGUGGAAUCAGUGCGGGAAAGCCAAAGUCUUCAUUUAAAAAAACUUAAAACAUCUGAACUUCGGCUUGCUGAUGCAAAACAGAAGAUGAGAGAAUUGACAAUUAAUAUCAAAUUGAAGGAGGAACUGAUUAAUGAGCUUAUCAAGACAAGUAAUGGUGCUCAGUCCGUGAACAAGCAGUAUUCUAUGAAGAUUGCCCAGCUGGCGCAAGAUGCGGAGCAGGCGAAAACUGAACUGGCUGACGCUCAGAAACAGCUGCAAGAACUAGAGAACAAAGAGCUGAGGGAUCAGGUCCAGAAAGCAAAGUUACAGAAAGACUUCCGUAAGAAGAUGGAGGCUGCAAAAUUAAAAAUGCAGGUACUACAGAAGAAACAGCAAGACACAAAAAAACUUGUAAGUCUUUCUGUUCAGAAUGAGAAGUGUGUAUCCGAUCUGGAGAAAAACAUUCAGAGCAUGCAACAGCAACAAAGUCAGUUACAGAAAAAGCUGAAAGAAGAGAAUGAGAAAAAACGGAAAUUAGAACUGGCCGUUCAAAAGGACCAACAGCAAAUUAAGGAGCUCCAACUAAAGACCGAGCAGCAGCAGAAGAUGCUGAAGCUGAAAAAUGAGGAGAUUGCAUCUAUUCGAAGACAGAAGAGCGCUUCCAGUAUACCAGACCAGCUUCAGCUAAAAAUGGAAGAACAAAAGAAGUGGCUUGAUGAGGAGGUUGAAAAGGUAUUGAAGGAGCGUCAUGCUCUGAGUGAUUUGGAGGAAGACUUAAAGAAAAGGGAAGAGAGUGUUGCCAAGAUGGAAGCAAUGCAUAAAGAGAAGAGCCAUCUUGAGAUAAAAAAGCUACGUUCAAGCCAGGCAUUAAACAGUGACGUGCUGAGGGUGUCUACCCGUCUAAGUGCUUUAGAGAAUGAACUGAAGGAUAAGAGUAAGAACCUGAACAGUGGCAAUAUUGAAGAGCAAAGAAGAAUAUCUGAUGAGGUCAAAGGCCUGCAGAAGGAACGGGAUCAUCUCUUGCAGAGGAGAGACAGCCUUGAUGAGAAGUUGAAGAAUGGCACUGUGCUGUCACCAGGGGAAGAGCACAUUUUGUUCCAGUUGGAAGAGGGAAUAGAUGCUUUGGAGGCUGCCAUUGAGUAUAAAAAUGAAUCUAUUCAGAGCCAACAGCAAGCCUUAAAAGAUUCCUCCCGCAACCUCACACAGAGCGAAAACAGCAUCAUUGAAAAGUUCAGCUCUUUAUCUGCUGCUGAGACGAGAUCUAUCAUUGUUAGGUACUUCCAAAAGGUCGUAAGCCUUCGAGAGACAGAAUGGAAGCUGAAGCUGCAGUGCCAAGAGCUGACUAUGAAAGUGUCGGAGCAGGAGAAUAUAGUGAGAGAGUUGGAGUCUACUUUGGAGCAUCAUGCACUGCAAACUGACAGGAGGAUUACCCAACAACAGAAGGAUCAUGAACAAAAGAUGCAGCUUAUCCUACAACACUUUAAAGACACGGACAGUGGAGUCCCGGCAGAAAACACCAAAGCAUAUGAAGCAAAGAUUGAAAAGCUGGAAAAGGACCUUUUCUUUUACAAGUCUACCAGCCGAGAAUUGAAAAAGAAGCUAAGAGACCUGGUGGGAGAGUCUAAUGUGACCACUUCUAAAAACAAUGGCUCUGGUGACCCUCAUCAAAACAAAGACGAACCACCACUGGUGUCAACUAAGGAACAGAAAUGGGCUUCAAAGAUUGAAAACAACAAAGCCAACAGGAAAUCAAAAGACACUGUAAACAACAGGAUCUUGCAGAACACCUCUAGGCUUGGAGAUUUUGGUGGAGCUGGUGACCAGGCCUCAGACCCAUACAGGCAAAUCAGAAGGCACUUCUCAAGUGGAGAUGAACCAGAGGACUUUUUAGAGCCACAAAGCUUAAAGUCUCAAGUUCAGCCUCUUACCCCAUUGACAAAAGCAGAAAUCAACAGAUCACCCCUCGUAGUAAAUCCAGUGAAACUGUCUCGACGAGAGGUGCGGCAGAUCUCUUUAUCAGAUCUGUCAACGAGACGCUCUAGCGUUGGCUCCAUAGUUGCUGAUUCCAUUGAACUUGCACAAAAGUCAACAGACUUUAAGGUGUAAGUUGACGGAAAAGUAUCCAAAGUAGCACUUC